CUAUCGUCAGCCUCCCGGAUAUCAAAUGGCGUCCCAACUGUUACCUCUUGAGCUGAUAGAUAAAUGCGUGGGAUCACGCAUCCAUGUUAUCAUGAAAUCAGACAUGGAAAUUGUGGGCACUCUGCUGGGCUUUGACGAUUAUGUCAAUAUGGUUUUAGAAGAUGUAACAGAAUUUGAAAACACUGCAGAAGGCAGACGGAUUACAAAAUUAGAUCAAAUUCUUUUGAACGGAAACAAUGUCACUAUGCUUGUUCCUGGUGGAGAGGGUCCUGAAGUGUAAAUCAUGGAUCACAUUGAAUUUAUGUCUGACAAGAAGUGUUGGAUACAGCAGUUGUAGAAUUAAGACUUUCCUAUUUCAUGCCAUAGCUAAGUGUACAAUAUGUUCUUUGAGAUAUCAUUGGUACACCAAUAAAUGACUAGAAGCGGCUGCAAGAA